AUGAACUUCCAAUUGUUUGGGGCGAACGUUCUGAUUCGUGAGGCGGUGACGGCCCUGGUUGGAGUCGGGAAGGAGGCAUCUGCUUGGCUUGUCCAGAACUUGAACGGCAACAUACCACAAGGUAUGUCCACACCAGCCCAGAUGGAACAGAUUGCACAGUACACCGGCCAAAUUCAGGCCACUGGGCAGCAGUGCAUGAGAGGAAUGCCAGAAGGCUGUUCUGAAGACUAUGUGAGGCGGAUCUUUGCCCAAUAUGCUGGGGCGGCAUGGCUGCUUCAAUUUGGCACUGCAGACGAAACCAAGUACAUCCUCGAGACCCUGAAUGGAAACAUUCCUCAAGGCCUUCACAACCCUGUGGCCAUAAGACCUGCAGGAGCAGGCCCUGCUGGGGACACGUCUGCACACACUGGCGCACCAGGAAAGGGAAAGGGCAAAUCUGAGGUGACAUUGCAUGUCACUGGCUUGCCGUUGGGCUCCACUGACGAGAGCCUCUAUAACUUUUUCGUCCAGUAUGGCGACGUGUACAGCAGCAAGAUACUUCCAGUGUCUGGUGGCGGGUCCAUGGAAGGUGCUCUUCGAAUGCCUGAGUUCGAAGGCGGCUGGUGCAUGGAGAAUCUGAAUAACUUCCAGCCCGAGAAUUUUCCGGGACCUCUCAGUGUGACUUAUCCGAAGGAUCGUUCGGACAGGGGCAAGGGUGGCAUGGGCAUGUCCAAUGGAAGCGGCACAGGCGACUUUUUCGAGAGCCUCGCAGGAGACCCUGGCAGAUCUUGGAGUGCUGAGAAUGCGUGGGGCAAUGGGACCGACCUGAUGAAAAGUGUUUUCAGCGGGGGCAAAGGUCCAUGGCCGUGGGAUAAGGGAGCAGUCAAAGGUGCGGCUCAGGGAAAGGAGCUAGGACCCAAGGGAUGGGGCAAAGAGAAGGGUGCUGACAAAGGCAAGAGUGCCAAGAGUGCCAAGACGGACGUAGGUGGAGAUGCCUACUGGGGAUGGGAGUCUGAUUGGGGAGGUUGGGGGAAGGGCGGCAAGUCUGCAAAGGGCAAGGGAAAGAAGCCAGGACCCUAUUAA